CGUCAAGAUCCAUUUUCUACGAACAAAAUCUCUGUAAAUGCAUCUCUAACAUCCACCCCUCAUUACCCACUUAUAUUCACAACAAUGUCCUCUAGCAGCCCACAACCACCACUCCCUGAUUUCCCCACCACAUCGCCACCCAACCACCACCCACACAGCCACCUCCACAACCGCUUUCCCCUCAUCCCUCCAAUCCUUGCAGCCACAAUAGCCCUUGCAUUCUUCGUUUUGUUUGCGAUUAUUUACCGUAAACUGUCCCGGAAAAGAACAGCUCCUGCGGAUCUGAAGACUCCACAAAGAUUUUCCUACUCCGUACUCCGCCGUGCCACGUCGUUGUUUGCCGCAGCCAACCGCCUCGGACAGGGAGGGUUCGGCUCCGUCUACAAAGGAAUCCUCCCGUCCGGGCUGGAGAUAGCUGUGAAGCUCAUGGAUGCUUCCGGCUCUCUCCAAGGAGAGCGAGAGUUCCACAAUGAACUCUCGCUUGCCUCGAGGAUUGACACCACUUGCUGCCCACACGUGGUGUCCAUCCUCGGAUUCUCCUCCGAUGGCACAAGAUGUAGUAGUAAUCGUCACCGUCGUCGCCGGAGACUAUUACUAGUAUAUGAGUACAUGCAUAGUGGGAGUCUCCAAGAUGCAUUGUUAGAUCGCAAGUGUCCAGAGCUAAUGGACUGGAAAAAAAGAUUUGGAAUUGCUAUAGCUAUUGCAAAAGCUCUUGAAUAUCUUCAUUCUUGUGAUCCCCCAAUAGUNAGUGGGAGUCUCCAAGAUGCAUUGUUAGAUCGCAAGUGUCCAGAGCUAAUGGACUGGAAAAAAAGAUUUGGAAUCGCUAUAGCUAUUGCAAAAGCUCUUGAAUAUCUUCAUUCUUGUGAUCCCCCAAUAGUUCAUGGCGAUGUCAAGCCAUCCAAUAUACUAUUGGAUUGUAAUUUCAAUGCCAAAAUCGGAGAUUUUGGGUUAGCACAAGUUUUAACAAGAGAUGACAUUGUUGAAACGUACAUUAACAUAGGGGAGAAUCAAAUUGACAAGGGGAAAAAGGGUUCCGAGAUGUGUUGUGGAAAUGGGGAAGAUAACGGGUCGAUAAUUGAGGAAACAGAGAGUGUGAUGACAGAGGAAGUGGUGGUGAAUGUAGAUCAGUCACCGGAGAGUUGUUGUGUGAGGGUUUUGGAAGGGGAGGUGGCGGUGUCGCCAGAGAUAGGUGCGGUGGAGGCAUCUCCGUCUGAGGGAUUGGACAAGACGAGUGUGUCUGAGGGAUGUUUUGAUAGGGCCAGUGUUGAUAGUGGGAAUAGGAGGGUGGUUGGGAGGAAGAAAAGUCUUUCUGGGAGGGAUUGGUGGUGGAAACAAGACAAUGGUAAUGGAGGAUCAGAGUCAGGGAGAGUGAAAGAUUAUGUGAUGGAGUGGAUUGGGAGUGAGAUAAAGAAGGAAAGGCCCAAAAAGGACUGGAUUGAAACAUCGAGGGCAAUGGAGGAGACUACCAAAAUGGAGCCAAAGAAGCAUAUGAAGAAAUUGGAGUGGUGGGCUUCAUUGGAUGAGGAGCGAGUUCAGAAGGAGAAGAAGAAUAGGAAGCCAAGGGAGUGGUGGAAAGAGGAAUUUUGCGAGGAAUUGACGAAGAAGAAGAAGAAAAGGGGGACUAAAUCUGAUAAUGGUGGAGAAUUAUGGUGGCAGAGAGAUGAAGAUGUGGUGCCUGAGAGAAAGAAGAGGAAGAGCAGGGGUAGUAAGGGUAGCAUUGAUUGGUGGUUGGAUGGUUUCAGUGGGGAGUUUCGAAAUGGCAGGAGGAAUAGCCAAGAUUGGGCUAGUGGGGAUAUCCCCAAGAGCGGUGGUGUUAGUAGUACUCCUAGUAUGAGAGGAACUGUUUGUUAUAUUGCCCCUGAGUAUGGUGGUGGUGGGCAGCUCUCUGAGAGGUGUGAUGUUUAUAGUUUUGGUGUUCUGAUAUUGGUUUUGGUUUCUGGGCGAAGGCCACUCCAAGUAACGGCCUCGCCAAUGGCAGAAUUUGAAAGGGCAAAUCUGAUUUCGUGGGCUCGACAACUUGCCCACAAUGGGAGGCUCUUGGAUCUUGUCGAUCCCAAUAUUCAGUUGUUGGAUCGAGAACAGGCAUUGCUCUGUAUCACAAUUGCACUUCUCUGUUUGCAAAGGUCACCUAGCAAGCGUCCGACCAUGAAAGAAAUUGUUGGGAUGCUUUCUGGUGAGGCUGAGCCACCCCACUUGCCGUUUGAAUUUUCACCAUCACCACCAUCUAACUUUCCUUUCAAGUCCCGGAAAAAGGCUCGGUGA